AGUAAAUUAACUUGUCACUAUCUCUGAUCUCCCAUCAUGUGGAUCACAUUCUCCAAUGGGUCCUUUUCUUUUUAUUCGUCUUGUCUUCUAGAAUCAAGAACUAUAAAGUGUUUUAAGAGUUUUGCUGUUAUAAGCUUAGCUUAGAAUGGUAGUUGGAUCAACGAAGAAGAUAGCAGUUGCUUCAGCUACAGCUCACACUAGAAGAAACAAAGCUACACCCACUUCUUUCCCACUUUCCCUCUGUAUUCUUUCUGUCCAGCAAUGUUUGUACCAAUAGCAGUGACUGUAGUUGUGGGUCUUCUGGGUUUUGCCUAUCAGUCGUUGAAACCUCCCCCUCCAAAGAUAUGCGGAUCGCCAGGCGGUCCGCCCAUAAGUUCACCAAGAAUCAAACUCAGCGAUGGGAGGUAUUUGGCCUACAGGGAGAAGGGGGUUCCUAAAGAAGAGGCUAAGUACAAAAUUAUCGUUAUUCAUGGCUUUGACAGCUCAAAGGAUCUGGAUUUACCUGUCUCCAAGGAUUUCAUAGAGGAGCUAAGGGUAUAUUUCCUUUUGUUCGAUAGAGCAGGUUAUGGAGAGAGUGAUCCAUAUCCAUCACGCUCAGUUAAGAGUGAAGCAUAUGAUAUCCAAGAAUUGGCAGACAAGUUGCAGAUCGGGCCAAAAUUCUAUGUAAUUGGAGUAUCAAUGGGAGCCUACCCCAUAUACGGUUGCCUAAAAUACAUACCGCAUAGGUUGGCUGGAGCUUCCCUCGUAGUUCCAUUUGUACACUACUGGUGGCCUUGUCUCCCACCCAAUAUAUCUAGAGAGGGCUUACAAAGGCUUCAGAAAUCUGAUCAAUGGACAUUUCGGAUUGCACAUCAUGCACCCUGGUUGUUCUACUGGUGGAUGACUCAAAAAUGGUUCCCUUCAUUAAGUAUUAUGUCAGGAAAUGUAGCAAUCUUUUGCCCACAAGAUAUAGAGAUGAUUAAGAAGUUAUCUGAAACCCCAAGUGUUGUUCAGGAAAAGGUUCGCCAACAAGGUGUUCAUGAGUCUCUGUAUCGAGACAUGAUAGCCGGUUAUAGCAAAUGGGAAUUUGAUCCCUCAGAUAUAAUUAAUCCUUUCCCCAACAAUGAAGGCUCAGUCCACCUUUGGCAAGGUUAUGAAGACAGAAUCAUUCCUUAUCAAAUAAACCGAUACAUCUCAGAGAAGCUUCCAUGGAUUCGCUAUCAUGAGGUUCCUGAUGCUGGACAUUUAUUGAUCUUCAGGAGUGACAUAUGUGAGACAAUUCUUAGGUCACUUCUUCUUGGAUGAGCUGCAUAUGUCGUAUUUAUAGGCCUGCUCUGUACUGUAUCUGUUAUUAAAUGCUGUACUUAUGAAUCCUCUUUGUAUUAUUUUACCUUUGACUGCAUAAAGUUGCUGGAGUUUUCUGCUA